AUGGCUACUUUUGAUGAAGCAUCAGCUCUCAAUUUCAUUAGACAACACCUUCUUAGUGACUACGAAACAUCAAAUUACGAAUCUGAUCUAUCAGUUUCUGAUUACCUUACCUCUGAGGAACAACCUAUAACUCAUUUCUCAAUAAACUUCACACUACCGGAAUCCGUUAACAAUAGAACCAAAAAAUCUUCUUCGAAGAUCAAUUCGGAGAAAUCAGAGUCCGCUGAGGAGUUGAAGGUACACUACAGAGGCAUAACACAAAGGCCAUACGGAAAGUACGCAGCAGAGAUCCGAGAUCCGAAGCGUAAGGGUGCGAGAGUGUGGUUGGGGACGUUUGAUACAUGUGUUGAAGCUGCUAAGGCGUAUGAUAGAGCGGCAUUUAAGAUGCGUGGUUCUAAAGCCAUUCUCAAUUUUCCUCUACAGGUUGAGAGUUUAAAGGAGGAGAUAACCGGAGGAAAUAAAGCUUUAAUCAUAACUUCGAGCGAUGGGUGCAGGAAAAGAAUGAGAGAUGAGAAUGAGAUGGAGGCGGUUAUGAAGAUGGAUACAUUGUUAGAGACGGUUUGGAAAUGGUGA